UUCAUCGAAUUGCGAUCGUCCUACGCACGCGUUUAAAGAGGGGAGCCCUCGCACGUGCUUGCCGGAUUGGAAUUCAAUAGGUGCACGUGUAGGCCCCAGACCACGAGGCUCGGAUACACAUGUUAAAAUGUUAUCCCCUCUCUCCAUUCCCUCCCAUAUAUUACGCAUUUAUCAACUCUCAUCUCUCACUCUCUCGCCCUCCCUUCUUCACCUCGACCCGAAUCCGAACUCGAACCGGAACCCGAACCCGAACCUACCUCGCUUCGGAUCCUAAAUCGGGUACAGUUAUGGGAACGGAGAGUUACACUUACAUGGGACGAAGCUUGAGCGAACUGAGCAUCAACGAUGAUUCAUCUUCUUCAGCUUUCAGCGACUGCAACAGUGACAGAUCUGGUGAAUUCACCACCGCUUCUUCACAAUCCCGACGACUCCUCAUCGCUUGCGCUUCCGAGAAUUCCGACGAUUUCAUCCGUCAACUCGUUUCCGAUCUCCACUCCUCUUCCAUCGACGAUCAAAAACAAGCCGCCAUGGAAAUCCGAUUACUCGCCAAGAACAAACCAGAAAAUCGCAUCAAAAUCGCCAAAGCAGGCGCGAUUCAACCUUUGAUUUCUCUUAUCUGUUCACAAGACCUUCAACUUCAAGAAUACGGCGUCACCGCGAUUUUGAAUCUCUCGUUAUGCGACGAGAACAAGGAGGUUAUUGCUUCGUCGGGAGCGAUUAAGCCUCUGGUUCGAGCUCUCGGCGCGGGGACAUCAACGGCGAAGGAGAACGCGGCGUGCGCGCUGCUUCGUCUCUCGCAGGUGGAAGAGAACAAGGCGGCGAUUGGGCGUUCCGGCGCCAUUCCGCUCCUGGUGAACCUUCUACAAGGCGGCGGUAUCCGCGGGAGGAAGGACGCGUCGACGGCGCUGUACUCGCUGUGUACGGUGAGGGAGAACAAGAUCAGGGCGGUGAAGUCGGGGAUUAUGAAGGUGCUAGUUGAGUUGAUGGCGGAUUUCGAAUCGAACAUGGUGGACAAGUCGGCGUACGUGGUGAGCGUGCUGGUUUCUAUGCCGGAGGCGAGGGCGGCGCUUGUGGAGGAAGGCGGUGUUCCGGUGCUGGUGGAGAUCGUUGAGGUUGGGUCGCAUAGACAGAAAGAAAUCGCGGUGGUUAUUCUGUUACAGGUCUGCGAGGAUAACGGCGCUUAUCGCACCAUGGUGGCUCGAGAAGGUGCGAUUCCACCUUUGGUUUCUUUAUCCCAAUCCGGCACCAAUCGCGCCAAGCAAAAGGCAGAGAAACUAAUCGAGCUUCUGCGGCAACCAAGAUCCGGCAACGCUGCUUCCCGGACUUCAGAAGUGGCGGCGUAAACCCCCAGCGUGUUAAAUGUGAAACUACGGUUAAAACUGUUAAGACAAAGUGCGUCCUCAAAAGAGAGACAGAGAGCUCAAAUUUGUAAAUAUCCUCGUUACGGAGAAGCGUUGCAAAGAUUGUGGUGUAAAUGAUUGAGUUUGAGUUUGGUUUUUUUUUUUUUUUCUUUUUCUUUUGGACUUUUACAAAAUAAUGCACACCACUCAAUGCCACUGCAUCUUUUGUUUUCUGAAUUCUGAAUGUGAUGAUUGGUGCUACCUCUUUUGGGUC